UUAUAAAAUAGAAUUUUUUUCCUUUUCAAAAAAAACCUAACAAAAUAAAAUUUUAAAUAAUUAUUUAAUAAAACAUUAAAUUAUUACAAAAGAGCAUGUAUAAUGUUGUCAUUGACUCAAUUGGUGUAUUUGACUUUCAUUUCUUUUUACUUUUCAUUCAGUUUCUUAUCUCGGGUUAUGUUCAAUUUAAACGUUUAGAUAUAGUAUUUUAUCAAUUCAUCUAUGUAUCAUGAGUAUAAAAUACAAAUAUUAACUUAAACUUAUGUGUAAAAAUAAGUUUUAAUUAUAAAAUAAAUCUCAAACAACAUAUGCAAAAAACAAUCAUAAAACUAUAAUAAAAUUAUUUAUUAUUUAUUAGUUUUUAUUAAAUUAAAACAUCACAUAAAACCCGUUGCAACGCAACGGGCUCAUAUCUUGUAUAUAUAUGAGAUUUGGAAAACACACGUUCUUUUUUGAAUGAGAUAUUUGUUGGAGAUGUUUUACAUAUCUCUAUAUAUUUAUUUCUAUAAUACAAGAGGUAAAUUAUUUUAGCCCACCCUUAUCUUUCAUCUAAAAUAGAAACUAUUAUUUUUUAUUUAGAGAAAGAAAUGUCAUUCCUCUAUGUUUAAUGUAACAAAAAAAAUGUAGACAUUAACAUUUUAUAAUUAAUUAUUAAUACAUACAUUACUAAUUAAAAGACUAUAAUAAUAAAUUAUUAUUUAUGUUUUCAUUUGGAGAUUCUUACGUAAUAUUUUUUUUAAAAAUCUUUGUAUACUACAUUCUUCAUUCAUAAAUAAAUCUUAGAAAUCAUUAAAUAUUAUCUUUUCAGUUAUACAAAAUUUACAAUUUUACUUGAUUAAUACUUAGUUAUGUGUUUUUCUGCUUUUAAUUUUAAACUUUAUAUUAGAAGAUAUUUUCGAAUAAUAACACAAAUAUUAUAAGAAUUAUCUUUUUAGUUUUAAAACAUACUUUUUAGAUUUUGGAUAAUUCUUAUUAUUAUUAAUUUUUAUAAAUUAUCUUAUCAAAAGAAAAUUGAAUUAGUUUUUGGUUUUAGCUGAUUUAUAUAAUUUAUUUUAUUAAAGACAUAAACGAUAUUAACCACUCUAACUUUUAAAAAGUUUUUUUUUGUAUACUACAGUCUUUAUUCAUAAAUAAAUCUUAGAAAUCACUCAAUAUUAUCUUUUCAAUUAUAAAAAAAUUAGAAUUUUACUUGAUUAAUAUUUAGUUAUGCGUUUUUUGUUUUUGUUUUUUUUUUAAUUUUUUUAUUAGAAGCUAUUUUUGAAUAACAACACAAUAUUAUAGGAAUUAUAUUUUUAUUUUAAAACAUACUUUUUAUAUUUUGGAUAAUUCUUGUUAUUAUUAAUUUUAAUCAAUUAUCUUAUAAAAAAUCGUUUUUUGGUUUAGCUAAUUUAUAUAUUUUCUUCAUUAAGAGCAUAAACGAUAUUAAUCACUCUAACUUUUAACGUAGGAGAUCGAAUGCAAAAAAAUCAUUUCGCAAAUAAUAGUAUAGAAAAAAAGUGUUAUUUUGAAAAUCUAUAUUGGAGUAUAUUCUAUUUUCAUUUUAGCGUAUAUUUUAGAAAAAAUAGGAAAAUAUAUAAAAAUAGUUUUGUAGACCUAUAAAUAUUAAUUUUUUUUUUUUGAUGGAGUUCUUAUUUUAUGUUUUCAGUACUUUUUGACUCCUACAAAAGUCAGGAUCAACCAAUAGGAUCGCCGCACUUGUUAAGCUCCGGUAACUGUGCGUACUGCGUAGAGGCCAACUCCGUCGUGCUGACAUGUCGGUACGGGCUUUUUUUUGGUCGGAGCUCUGAAUGCCGGAAAAAAUAUGUCCAUGUCGAAGAGCUUCAGUGUGCUUUAAGUUCGUAUGCAUGAUGGAUUACUGUAAACCCCAAGCAUGUGUAUUCUUUGAUUUGAUGAAGAAACAAGAACAAGAUUCUGAGGUAACCAUAAAAGGAGAUACUUUUAGUGUUGGUUUAAGUUGGAACCAACGCAGAGAUGGUGUUGAUUACAGAAUCCAUUAUCUCUUGCUAAAAAGAAGGUACUCAACGGGUAAAUACUAUAUACAAUGAUGUAAAGCGAGUGUAAUGACUCGUGUUAAUUAAAAGGUUAAAAAGUUAAAAAAAGUAUACAUUGGACCUACUUCUUUUGAUGCGGCUAAUUAAUCAUGGCUUUCAUCUCAUGUGCUUCUAGAACAGUAAAGCAUAUCUUCUUGUCUCAUGAUAGUAGAUUAGUAAGAAAAAAAAAGGUUACAAGUGAAGAAUAAGUAUUUCGAGUCUGGACCGGUCUGGAUACAUCCGUUAUAGCUUGAUCGGUUUUGUUGUUUUGGUUGAAAAUGGUCAAAAGAAGAAGAGUCACGGAUGUUAUUAAGAAGAAGAAGAAGAAAAGCGACUUAUCAAAGAAUCUUACCGUUGGACAAUAGACAAAACGUCACCUAAAAGGCUAAAAGAUAAAAGAACAAACAACUAAAGAUUUUAAAAGUGAAAAAAGACUUGUUGUAUAUGAAACACUUUCACUUGCUGUCUCGUUUUCCCCCUACUUAAUGUGUAAACGAAGUUAUAUUAAAUUUUGAUACAAAAUACUUAGGAAAGAUGAAAUAUUGAAUGAGUCAAAAAUGAAAUAAAGGACAACAAAGGUGAUCAUUUUUUUAUACUACUAUAUAGUAAAGCUAUAUAGAGAUGCAUUACGAAGCAUAAACACACUUGGAAACAAAAGAAAACUACAAGUGAGAACAUGUUAAAAGCCCUUCCACCGAUCUUUGCAUUAAUAAAGCAUUUCAGACACCGAGAAGCCUUUUCCUUCUUUCUUCAGACAAAAGUACUACUCUGAGACCAUUGUACUCUAAAAAACUCUCUCUUCCUCCUUCUCUGCUUCUGAGAUACACACUACUCUACUCCCAUGGAGCUUUGAUGGGUAUCUGCAAUUUCCAAUCUUUCCCCCUUUUCUUCUGAGAAUUUUUUGCUCAAGAAUCAUGGAAGAGUCUUCUUCAUUUGUGCGUUCCGUGUUUGUGCUCUGUUUGGUUUCGUCCUCUGUGUUCUGUUUGGAUGACUCCGACCAAAACGCUACUGUUUUGUCUUCUUCUGCUGUUUACAUUGUUACUCUCAAGGACCCUCCAUCUGUUCAUUCCUCCUCCGGCAGAGAAACGGAUGCCUCCAAACACAGCCUUACAUCUACUUCAUCUCAAACUUACAGAACAUCGAACCGAAGCGCUUAUUUAAUUAGAGUUCAUGACUCGUUGUUGAGAAAAGUAUUGAGAAAGGAGAAUUACAUUAAGCUCUACAGCUACCACUAUCUCAUCAAUGGGUUUUCAGCUGUUAUCACCCAACAACAGGCUGAAAGACUAGCUGCAAGAAAGGAAGUGCACAAUGUGGUUCUUGAUUAUCCGGUUAAGAAAGCAACCACUCACACGCCGCAGUUCUUAGGUUUGCCACGUGGAGCUUGGCCCCGUGAAGGAGGCUCUGAGUACGCAGGAGAAGGAGUUGUUAUAGGGUUUAUCGAUACUGGAAUUGACCCCACUCAUCCAAGUUUUAGUGACAAAGUCCCGGGACAUUCGUAUCCGGUCCCUCCUCGGUUUACUGGUGUCUGUGAAGUCACCACAGGUUUCCCUUCCGGUUCUUGCAACAGGAAGCUCGUUGGAGCACGCCAUUUCGCUGAGUCGGCUCUCAGUAGAGGAGUCUUGAAUUCAUCUCAGGACGAUGCUUCACCGUUUGAUGGUGAAGGGCAUGGCACUCACACAGCUUCUGUUGCAGCUGGGAAUCACGGGGUCCCUGUGGUGGUUUGUGGUCAUCGCCUUGGGAAUGCUAGUGGGAUGGCUCCUCGUGCUCAUGUUGCUAUUUACAAGGCAUUGUAUAAGAGGUUUGGAGGUUUUGCAGCAGAUAUCAUUGCAGCCAUAGAUCAGGCUGCUCAAGAUGGAGUUGACAUAAUAAACUUAUCAAUCACACCGAAUAGACGUCCACCUGGCAUCGCCACGUUCUUCAACCCGAUCGAUAUGGCAUUGCUUUCAGCUGUGAAAGCUGGCAUCUUUGUAGUGCAAGCAGCUGGUAACACAGGACCAGCUCCUAAGAGCAUGUCUUCCUUCAGUCCUUGGAUCUUCACUGUUGGAGCUACAUCUCAUGAUAGAGUUUAUACUAACUCGAUAAUUCUAGGAAAUAAUGUCACCAUCUCUGGAGUUGGACUCGCAUCUGGUACAAGGACAAUGCACAAGCUUGUUUUAGCUGCACAUGCGCUCCGCAAUGGUACUACCAUUAUGGAUGCUAUAUAUGUUGGGGAGUGCCAAGAUUCGAGUAGCUAUGAUCAGAAGCUGGUGCAGGGGAAGAUACUUGUCUGCAGUUACACAGUCCGGUUUAUUCUCGGUGUCUCAACCGUCAAACAAGCCUUGAUAACAGCAAAGAACUUAACAGCAGCAGGUCUUGUCUUCUAUAUGGAUCCUUCUUCCACUGGUUUUCAGAUGACUUCAACUCCAAUGGAUAUCCCAGGGAUUCUAAUCUCCUCCCCACAAGAUUCUCUGGCUUUACUUCAGUACUACAAUACUUCUCUGUCGAGGGACAAUGCUUCAGGGAAAAUAGUUGGUUCUGCAUCAGUUGCGAGAAUAGUUGGUGGCAUGAAGCCUACCUAUGGCAUUACAGCACCAAAGGUGAUGUACUUCUCUGCUAGAGGACCUGACCCAGAAGACGAUUCUUUCCAAGAUGCUGAUGUAAUGAAACCCAACUUAGUAGCUCCAGGGAACUCUAUAUGGGGCGCUUGGAGUCCUCUUGGCAUCGGUACUGCUGAUUUUCAAGGUGAGCGUUUCGCGAUGGAGUCAGGGACAAGCAUGUCUGCUCCACACGUAACUGGUAUUGCAGCACUCAUCAAGCAGAAGUUCCCUCAUUUCACACCUGCAGCCAUCGCAUCCGCGCUCUCGACAACAGCUUCUCUAACAGACAGAAAGGGUGGUCCUAUAAUGGCGCAACGCACUGUCUUAAACCCUGACGCUACUCAAACCCCUGCAACGCCUUUCGAUAUGGGCAGUGGAUUCGUUAAUGCUACUGCAGCUCUUGACCCUGGUUUGAUUUUCGACAUAGGUUACAAUGAAUACAUGAAGUUCCUCUGUGGAAUCAACGGAUCAUCUCCCGUUGUUCUCAACUACACAGGAGAAAGCUGCUCGGCGUAUAACUCCUCCCUUGCAGCCUCUGACCUGAACCUUCCCUCGGUGACAAUAGCUAAGCUUGUUGGUACUAGAACUGUCCUAAGAUGGGUUACUAACAUUGCAGCCACGGUUGCAAACGAGACUUAUACAGUAGGGUGGAAGGCACCUGACUCGGUUUCUGUUAAGGUCUCUCCUGCCAAGUUUACAAUCGGGAACGGUCAGACAAGGGUCUUGAGUCUUGUCUUUGGGGCGAUUAAGAAUGGUUCGGUAGCGAGUUUUGGAAAAAUUGGGAUGGUUGGAGACAGAGGUCACGUGGUUAACAUUCCGGUGACAGUCAUCUACAAGAUUGCUGUCUGAGAGAUGAUAUAGUAGGGUUGUCUAUGAAGAGUUUUUGUGUGAUGAAAACAAACUUGAGGAAGUUGUUAAGAAAAAGGCUUUUAGUGAUUGUGUAGUUUGUUUGUUUGUUUGUUUAGUGUCCUGCUGAUUAAAAAGCUUUAGAAAAAAUGCGUAGUUUGUAAAUUUGUUUUUGGAGUGUUUUUGUGAUGGUUUUUAUUGAAUCUAAUCCAAUCUUUGAUUUUUAAGUAA